CAUAACCUCAAUUUACGUGAACCACUAGAAGCGAUUAGCGAAUCGCGAUCUACAAUAUUCCUUCACGAGUUUGGUGUCUGAACGUGGAGUUUGUUUUUCGGUCGACCGUGUAAUAUUCACUAUGUCGUCGAAAAAGUCGUUCAAAAUCAAGCAGAAGCUUGCAAAGAAAAUGAAACAGAAUCGUCCAAUUCCUCAGUGGAUUCGGAUGAGAACUGGAAACACAAUCAGAUAUAACGCCAAGAGGCGUCAUUGGAGAAGAACUAAGCUCAAGUUGUAAGCUGUUUCUUCCCCAUUACCAUGUACUAAAACUAUUCGAAUGGAUAAUGUCAUGUACAAUAUAUUUGACGUUUUAAUAAAACACCCAUAAAACUGAAA